UUCUUCAUUAAUUAUUACUCUUUGCUUUUUUUAGUUAAAAGUAUACCUUUAACUUUAAGAUAUACAGGGGGAGGGGGCUGGUACAUAAGAAAAAAAAGUUACCUAUUAGUCAAAAUUUUUGAAAGAAGACAAUUUGUUUAACUGCGUGCGAUUCAAUAAACUUUUUUUUUCAUGAAUCAAGUUAUAUUAUAAAAUUAAAGACAUCACGAGUAGACUAUAACAUCCGCUGAUGACACAAAUAUUACGUUAAAUAUAUUUAUACAACGGAUGUUUUAUUAUGCAUGCGCACGUUGCCGACUCCCUUAAUUUAAAACUAAAGCAUGUGUUAGUUUAAUGACAGUUUUUAUUCUUUACUAAUGACUAUGUAUUUUUCUGUAUAAAAUAAGACAAAGUAGAGUAUCAAAACCUAGUAUAUUUCUAUUCUCUCCAAAUUGUUUGAAGUUCAAUAAUGGAUUGCAUUUUGAAGAACAAAAAUAUUACUUUGAAAACUUUUAAGUCUUGGGACUUUGCUGAUGUUUUUCAAAUUGAAACAGUCACAGAAAAAGAGAAGAUUUAUGUUAUUAAAAUCAUAUGUACUUUGUGUAAGCUUCAUCAAAAUAAAAUCUUAUCCAAAACCAAUGGUGCCGUGAGGGCAGCUGCUCUACGGUUUAUAAAUGGUACAAAUUAUGUUAAAAAAGAUAGUAUUUGUAGACAUUUGUCAGGAGCGACUCACCAACAUGCAAUUCAAUUAGAAAAUGAAGGCUUCGACAAAAAUGAUGGAGUAGCCAACAGUGUUGUUUUCAAAAAUUUGUCAACAAGCUCAUGUUUAAACUCUUCUGCCUUGAAAGAAAUACACAUGCAAAAUUCUUAUCGUAACCUUGUAAAAAUUGCCUAUGAAAUGGCGUGCCACCCAACAAUGCCUCACGCACAUUUUUCUGUUUUGGUGAGGUGCGCCAAAAUUACUGGCGCAAGCCUUAUUAAACGCAACGAGAAUGGGCGCACAUGCAGAGAAAUGAUUAAAUGUUGUGCUGACUCUGUGCGGGAAAAAUGCUUCGAAAACCUCCAACGGUGCAAUUUUUUUUCUAUUCUUAGUGAUGGAAGUCAAACAAGAAAAACUGGAAAAGAAAAAGAACUAGUUUUAGUUCGAACUGAUAACAAUGGCGUACCGAUUUACAUGGUAACAGAGUUGUUGGAUAUGUCACUUUUUGGUGGUAGCAACUCUAACUCUGUGACCAUUGGUAUAAACAGUAUUUUUGAAUCGGAUAAAUCAUUAUUUAAAUUAAGUACCGAAGAUUAUACCAACAAAGUUAUAUGUGCAACAGCAGAUGGGGCAAGUGUUAACUUCGGUAUACAUAAAGGUGUGCUUUCCCAGUUGCAGCAAAACUGCCCAUGGUUGAUUAAAGUUCAUUGCAUUAAUCAUAGAAUUGAAUUGGCUGUAAAAGAUGCGUUUAAAGAAAUUCCUGAUUUUAUAAAGAUUGAUGACUUUUAUAUUGCUAAUUACUAUCUAUUAAGAAAUUCAGGUAAGUUAAAAGCAGAAGUUGAAGCAGCUUCAAAAUGCCUCGGUUUAACGCAUUACAACUUACCAAAAAUUACUGGAACAAGGUUUGUUGGACACAGGAGGAGAGGAGUUUUGAAUUUGUUAGAAACAUGGCCAGCUUUUAUUAUGGCUUAUCAAAAUUAUGUAAGCGAACAGAGCAAUUCUAAAACUGUAGCGAAAGUGAAAGGCCUAUUGAAAUCUUUUAAGUGUCAUUCUUUCCUCUACAAAGUUGGUUUGUAUCUAGACAGCUUGGAAGUAAUUAUUCCUGCGUCUAAAAUAUUCGAAACCAAUGAGUUAUUGGCUCAUGAAAUUCCUACUACUAUAUCUCGAACCCUAUUGGAGAUAGAAGAUAAAAUUAAAUGUAUUUGGGCAAGAUGA